AUGUUCUCUCUAACGCAGACCGUCCUUUCAGUGCUUUUGCUUUCUGUCGGCGCCCACGCCGCCGUUGCGGUCAAACGGAACACCACUGCCACCUGUAAUGGCUAUGCAGAAUUCUGUGAUCGCUCCUAUGGUAAUAUCACGUACGUUGGCGCACAUGAUUCCUAUGCCGUCUCCACGACGAAUCUCGCCGCCAACCAAGACUACAACGUGACCCAACAGCUCAAGGAUGGGGUUAGAAUGCUCCAGCUGCAAGCGCACAACCAGAGCAGUACCAUUCAACUGUGUCACACGUCUUGUGACUUGCUUAAUGGCGGCACGCUUGCCAACUAUUUAGAUAGUGUGAAAAUCUGGAUGGAUGAGAAUCCCAAUGAUGUUGUCUCCUUGCUCAUCGUGAACUCUUAUGACAACAUACCCCCGGCUGAUUAUGACACUGUCUUCAAAUCGGUCGGUCUCGAUACUAUGGUAUAUUCGCCUCCUUCGGCUACCUUGACUGCAAGUGGUUGGCCAACUUUGGGAUCUCUUAUUAGCUCUGGACAACGUCUGGUCGUCUUUCUGACUACUGAAGCUAAUUUCCAAGCUGUCCCAUAUCUUAUAAACGAGUUUACAAACAUCUGGGAGACCGCAUACGAUGUUACAACGACUGCUUUUGAUUGCAGUGUGAACCGGACAGAUGGUGACACUAGCACGCAGAUGUAUCUCAUCAACCACUUUCUGGACUCUGAUGUGGCUGGAAUCCCUAUUCCGGACAAAAGCCAGGCGAACGUCACAAAUGGCGUCAGUGGAGUGGGCUCUUUGGGGCAGCAAACUUCAACAUGUACGGCUGAAUACCACCGGCCCCCGAACUUCAUGCUUGUUGACUUCUACGAGUACGGCAACGGUUCCGUCUUCGAGGUUGCGGCCAGCGCCAAUGGAGUGACAUAUGCGCCAACCUCGCCGAUUGCCACACCUAUCACAGGGAGCAGCACUGGUACUGGCGGCGGCACCAGCGGCAGUGUACCUGGCCUUCAUAUAACGUCUCUACAUGUGGCGGCGACAUGCGCCAUGAUAUCCGGCGUACUGUUCGGUGCAUGGAGCAUUCUCUGA